AUGUUAAAUAUUGUCUGGAUCGGCGCUUUGAAGGAUGAAGUGCUUGUGAUGGAUGCACAAAUGAUGCAAUGCCAAAUGUUCAGUUAUGUCGCUUUCGGAGUUGUUGCUGAUCAAGUGUGGAUGAUCGCGUUGCUACGCGACGCUAGAUGGCGCUGGAUCUACGCCCUGAAUGAAGAGGACGGCGCGUCGGUCGGCGACGGU